ACAGCGAAUUGACAGGUUAUGGGCAGUUUGUUACCAGGUAGGACCCAGCAGAUAAUGUCUAAGUCAUGUGCUUUCGAGAUUCAGACCCAGCAGGAUCUCCACUCUUGGCACCCCUCCGUCGCGAUAACACUCCGAGCAUGCCAACCUGUCAUGCCAAUGAUUCCCUGUCCAGCUUAUUACCACUGCGCUAUGUGCUCCAAAAUAUCUUUAUUCUUGUCGGGCUAGGUUGCGUGUCUGUUAAAUUUAUCGUGAUCUAGGUACAUUCGGCAGCGAACAUUCUCUCAUGGCCGGAAGAAAGCGCGCCGCAGCUAGGAAUCAUGCCGGGAAUGCGACAGCCUCCGGGCCAUCCCGAGCGACGAGGUCGAGAACGACGCGCUCUAAUAUUCCCGACAUCUAUCGAGAGAUGCUCGUGGAGGCGAGGCCGAAUACGGCUUCGCCCGAGCGGCCGUUGAAGAGGAGACGGCCUGGCCAAAGGAACGAUCGAUCGCCCAAGGAGCCGAGCUCUCCGAAAAUCAUGGCGGGAAGGGAGAAUGACGAAGACGAAGACGACGGUCUGCAAUUUGAAGAUGUACCACUUCCAGCCGCCACAAUUCAGACGGUAUAUAUGGAUUCGGAAGAGGAGGACGAGGAUGAUGAUGAUGUGCAGUUCGAAGACGUCGACCUCUCGGCCACUCCCCAGACUCUAGAUCCAGCUGGAGACAACUCUCAAGACCUCGAGCUCGACUUAUCUACGCGAGCGACCGCUGCCCGUAAAACUGCGGAUAAGCGAAAACCGAUGAACAAGGCGGAGAAGGACCGCCGGGUUGAGAUACACAAGACGCAUCUACUUUGCCUCUUGGCGCACGUUGCUCGUAGGAACCAAUGGUGCAACGAUGCUGCCGUCCAGGGUAGUUUAGCGGCGCUUCUCACCAAGAAGAUGGUCGAUUAUCUUAAUCCGAGCGAAAGCCUCCCCCAGUUUGGGCGGGCGCAAUCUCUCAAAGACGGACUACAGCAGGCUGGCACCAUGUUCAAGACGAAAUUUCAGAUUACCGAGCGAGGCAUUCGGCGGGCGCUCUGGGCUGAGAGGGAAGAGCACUUACGGAAUUACAAACUCCCGGACGAUAUAGAAACCCCUAUGGAGAGAGCGACCUUCCGGGAAGCGGCAAAGUCUCUCCGCGGCUCUCGAGAUGUAGGUGCGCAAUUAUAUUGUGCGCUUCUUCGUGCCGCCGGCGUUGAAGCUAGGCUUGUGUGUUCGCUUCAGCCGCUCGCCUUCGGUCCCGGCGGGCCCCCCUUGGGAAAGCCGCCGCGAGCGAAAGGAAAACUGUCCCUCGAGGAGCAGUAUGCCCGAAUGCCCAAGUAUGAUAGCACUUUCGAGUCGCCGAACGUAACUAGCUCCCCAAUUCGCAGGCGAUUGGGCCAUCCAAACGCUACCGCAUAUCAAGUGCCUGUAAUGCCUGCUGCUGCUAGCUCAUCCCGACCCACGCCGCCAGUGUCCAAAAGGAUCCGUGAAUCCCCCCAUCCUAUAUAUUGGGUCGAGAUACUCGACGAGGCUCACCAGAAAUGGCAGCCAGCCGAUCCGUUAGUGACCGAUUCAUUCUGGAAACCCCAGAAAUUCGAACCUCCGGCUUCCGAUAAGGAGAAUUGCAUGGCUUACGUCGUAGCCUUCGAGGCUGAUGGCACGGCUAAAGAUGUAACACGCCGCUACGCAAAGGCUUACAAUGCGAAAACGAGAAAAAUGCGAAUUGAAAGCGCAGAGGCGACUGGCGAGAGGUGGUGGCGCAGAGCUCUGCGGGCAUACUAUCGCGGCUACGUCACCGACCUAGAUCAGAUCGAGAAUAACGAACUGACGGCGAUAGAGGCGCGGGAGCCGAUGCCCCGCAAUCUUGCCGACUUUAAGGACCAUCCAAUCUAUGCCCUCGAACGACACUUGAGGCGAAAUGAGGUACUUGUACCCGGUGCGUCGUCUUCUGGAACGGUAGGCCCUGGUAGUACUGGCCCCCUGGAGAGAGUUUAUCGGCGCAGGGACGUGCGGAUUGCUCGUAGUAGAGAGAAAUGGUAUCGAAUGGGCCGCGAAGUCUUGGCGAACGAGAUACCAGUCAAGUUCUUGCCCAAGAGAACAAGGAAGACGGAUUUGUUUGGUGACGAUGCGAUAGACGACAAUGAGGAGACAGUUGGGACGCCAAUAUAUACAACGGAUCAGACCAUCCUCUUCAGACACCCACCAGUUGUCGAUGGCCGUGUCCCCAAGAACCGGUUCGGAAAUCUAGACCUCUACGUGCCAAGUAUGGUUCCCGAAGGCGGCGCCUACGUGGCCGACGAGCUUGCCACCCGCGCGGCGUUUAUCCUGGGCAUCGAUUACGCUCCCGCUCUAACUGGCUUUCACUUCAGCGGAAGGCACGGGACGGCGGUCUUGUACGGGGCGGUCGUCGCCGCCGAGCACGAAGAGGCCGUCCGGGCUGUGGUCGCGGGUCUCAGAGACCGCGAGGCGGAAAGGGAAAGAGAGCAGAGGAGCCGGGAGGCACUCAAGACCUGGCGGCUGUUCUUGAGGAGCUUGAGGGUCCGGCAACGGAUAUGGGCCGACGUCGACUCGAACGACGAGGCCGCAGCGGAAGAACUAGACCAAGCGACCAACGCCGAGGAUGAGGAUGGGGCGCAGUCAGGAGUCGAGGGUGACGAAGCAGGUGGCGGUUUCGUCGUAGAUGACGACGACUAUGCAGGGGGUUUCUUUGUGGAGUGACUCGCGUCGACGAAUAUGGUCGCAAGAAUACGAAGUAGCUCUGGGCGGGCGCGCCUCGCUACCUUGGCAUGCAUACAAAUGUUAAAUUUCAGCUGGUCGAUCUCCAGUUCUAAGGCCGGCCGUGUCAAUGUGAAGUAAGACGAAUCACAGGCGAAAUUUAACAUUGAGAGAUUGGGAUUCUGGAGGCCCGCUUGGCACGGCUCCUGUGCCACCGUGUAGGUGGGUAUGAGGCACGCUUGAAUUGCUGUUGGCGACGCGGCCUACUCCAGAGUCAGAGUUAUAUCCAUAGCCGACGAAUCUCGAUUUAAGGUUCUCGGCGGGUCGAGUUACACGCAUUACUCCAUCCUAUUUUAUCUCAUCGUCUGGACGGCGGGAGGGGGUAGAGAGCUCGGAGGAUUCCACUCCUCGAAAGUGCUACUGUAGGUACCUAUGUGUUCGGGUCCACAAGUCGCAGUGUAGCAUAAGUCAUCUUGCCACCCAAUGCCACUCUGAGUGUUGGAUAGGGAGGCAAGUGUAUACCGGCUAUAUAGGCUGACGUGAGGCUAGUGUUAUGUUGUAACAUAUCUAACUCGGGCAAUGGAUCGAAGGUGAGUUCGUUGC